UAAGUUUAACAGCAGGCUGUCAGCUUUUUUGGACAUGGCCCUGCAAAGACAGCAGGAGUCAGGAGCAGAGAAAAGUAAGAGGAAGAAACUGUGAGAUGAUGACCGUGUAUCACUUGCAAAUGAAUACCAUACCAUACCAUUUCCGUGAAGGCUCUGAGCUUUACCGAGAACAGUGGGGUUGGGCCAAAGUCUGCAAAGAGAGGCUGGUAGCUGACUACAGUGGAGACAGUGGGUGGAGCUGCACAGCUGAGCCGGAUCUCUCUGAUCAGACUGCACUGUUACAGCACAGGAUGAACGAGCAGGAGAAAGAGAGAGACGGGGGAGGUGGUAAAGCUGGAAAUAAUCAAGAAAAAGAUCAGAGCUGGAUUCCCAAGAUCAUCAAAAAGCGAGUGUGCACCACCUUUGUUGAAGACUCUUUCAGUGAUGGAGCAUUGUGUCAGUGUGGUGGUGUGCAGGAGGUGCAUGACUCUGUGGCAAGAGGAGACUACUUUGGAGCUGCUAUUGUCACCCAGUGGGACAGCAGGCAGCACUCUUCAGAGAAUCCCACCGAUGCUUUUGGACAGCUGGAGUUUGCAGGCGCUGGACACCGACAUAGCCAUUUUCUGCGGCUUUCAUGUGACACUCCACCUCAGAUCGUCUACACCCUAAUGACAACUCACUGGGGGCUGCCCUCACCCAACUUGGUGGUGUCAGUUGUGGGAGGGGAAGGACAUGAGAAGAUCAAAACCUGGGUGAGAGAUGUCCUGAGAAACGGACUGGUUAGGGCAGCACAGAGCACAGGGGCCUGGAUACUAACAGGAGGUCUGAGGGAGGGCAUAAGCCGCUGUGUGGGCGAGGCGGUGAGGGACCAUGGGGCUGCAGCUCCAGCUCUCUCCGAGAAGAAAGUGAUUGCUGUGGGACUGGCACCCUGGGGCAUGGUGCACAACAGGGAGCAGCUUGUCAAUCCCCAGGGGAGUUUUCCUGCUCGGUACUAUGUGCAGAAUACAUCCCGUGACUCCUGCUGCCUGGACAAUAACUGCCAGGCUUUCCUCCUGGUGGACGAUGGAAGUGUUGGCCGCCGUGGCGGAGAGACAAGCUUUUGUGCAAGUCUGGAGGACUACAUUUCCCAUCAGCGCACUGGCAUUUGGGGUAGUGGCAGUAUUGAAAUCCCAGUGUUGUGCAUGCUCAUAUCAGGGGACGCAAACAUGCUGGAGAGAAUAGAUGCCUCUCUGAGGAAUGCUACACCCUGGCUGGUUCUUGCUGGUUCUGGUCCAGCUGCAGACCUUAUCAGUGAGCUGCUGGGCAAUCUCUUACCUAGCCCCCUCAGUCCCAUCUCUCCUCCAGCAGAGGGCGAUGCUGUUGAAGGGCCCAGCACAGAGCGCCGUGACUGGGUUCAUGACAAGGUCCGGAGACACUUCCCAGUGGAAGCUGACCAGGAGAAACUGGUGGAUUAUGCUCUGAGUAUACAUCAGAACAGAGAGCUCAUUACUAUUUUUCAUGGGGAACAGGAGGGUUCUGAUGACUUUGAUAUAGUUCUCCUCAAAGCCCUUGUAAGAGCAAGUAAACGCGUGUCAAGUGAAGCCAGUGAGUACACUGAAGAGCUGAAACUGGCCGUGGCCUGGAACCGCGUGGACAUCGCCAAAGCUGAGCUCUUCAAUGGAGACAUACAGUGGAAGUAUGAGGACCUUGAAGACUCUAUGACAGAUGCACUGAUCAAUGACAAGCCCCAGUUUGUGCGUCUGUUCUGCGAAAAUGGUCUGAAUAUCCUGGAGUACCUCACCUACCACCGUUUGGAAAACUUGUACCACUCACUGUCAGACAGCUCACUGGCCUACAUUCUGCUCCAGAGGCGUCUGAGUGAGAGGCAGGGGAUGGCUGGAUACCUGCCUAACCUGGAUGGAGCUGUGACAGUACCUCUGAAGAGCCCCCAGAGUGCACUAACUGGACCUGCAUCAGCAAUGGGGCUCAGCCUCUUUGAGGUGUCCCGUCUCCUGUGGGACCUGUUGGGGGAUGUCUGUCAGCCUUUCUACUAUGGACCUCUGGGUCUGGAACCCAGCACCAGCACAAGGAGGGCUCUCAAGCAAAUGAAUAAGAUGCUGCUGGGAGAGUGUGUGUAUCGAGACCAGUGCUGCCUCUCUCCCUGGGCAGCCCUCUUCAUCUGGGCUGUCCUGCAGAACCGCAGUAAAAUGGCUGUUUACUUCUGGGAGAUGGCAGGGGAGUCUGUACUGAGCGCUUUGGGUGGAUGUAAGAUGCUGCGGGAGCUUUCUAAGCUUGAGUGUGAAACUGAGAACAAAGUUGCUAUGAAGGAACUGGCACAGACGUUUGAGAACCUUGCACAUGAUGUAUUCAGUGAGUGUUACCAGAACAGCGAAAGUCGCUCCUUCACUCUCCUUAUAAGGAAGUCUCCAGUGUGGGGCGGUGCAACAUGCCUGCAGAUGGCCACUGCGGCUGAUGCCCGCCUUUUCUUCAGCCACGAUGGCGUUCAGUCGAUGCUAUCGCAGAUCUGGUGGGGUGACAUGGAGAGGAAUACUGAGGUCUGGAAACUGGUGCUAACCUUCUUCUUGCCCCCCCUCCUCUACACAGACCUUUUGAGCUUCAGGGAACAAGAGGAGGAGGUCAGGUCUUUGGAUGUCCACCCUUACAGAGACACUGAAAGCCUGGAUGGGAAUGAUGCCACUGUCUUCUCACUGACUGACAUUAUCCAAAAUGAAGAAGAAGCUGAAGAGUUCAGGGCUCUAAAAGAAAAGAUGAGAGACUCUUUGCCAUCCAACUCCAAGAGACCUUUUAUUGUAUCCCGGUGGAGACAGUUCUGGUUCGCCCCUGUCACCUCAUUCCUUGGCAAUGUGCUCAUGUACUUCCUCUUCCUCUGCCUGUUUGCCUAUGUUCUGUUGGUGGACUUCAAGCCCCCACCCCCUAAAGGCCCCACCACGCUGGAGAUUGUGCUUUACUUUUGGGUUUUCACCUUAGUAUGUGAAGAGAUUCGACAGACCUUCGUUGUGGGCAGCACCUUUGUGCUUCAGAGGAUGAGGAACUACAUACAGGAUGUGUGGAACAAGUGCGACCUCACAGCCAUUGCUCUCUUCACUUUGGCUGUCUGCUGCAGAAUGUUUCCCCAGUCAUAUGAGUUUGGCCGAGCUGUGAUGGCCAUAGAUUUUAUGGUCUUCUCAUUACGUCUGAUCCAUAUAUUUGCCAUCCACAAACAGCUUGGGCCCAAGAUUAUUAUCGUUGGCAAAAUGAUGAAGGACGUUUUCUUCUUCCUUUUCUUUCUGGCUGUGUGGCUCAUGGCCUAUGGUGUGGCUAAUCAGGCACUCCUUUACUCGUAUGAUCCACGCCCUAAUUGGAUAUUUCGCCGAGUGUUCUACAGACCAUACCUGCACAUUUUUGGACAAAUACCCAUAGAUGAAAUGGAUGCUGAUAAGUUGGAAGAAAGUAACUGCACAAACAAUACCACACUAAUUGAAGCAGGAGGGGAGCCCUGUAUGAACACCUAUGCCAACUGGUUGGUUGUCAUCCUCCUUGUCAUCUACCUACUGUUCACCAACAUAGUACUGGUUAACCUACUCAUUGCUAUGUUCAGCUACACCUUUUCAAAAGUACAGGAGCGCAGUGACACCUACUGGAAGUUUCAGCGUUACAACCUGAUUGUGGAGUACCACUCAAGGCCCUGCCUGGCACCGCCCUUCAUUAUCAUCUCUCACCUCCACCUUUUCAUCAAAAGAUACAUCCGCCACAUCCCCUCAGUCAAGAGCAAACACUUUGUUUUGGAACUGCGGGGUAGAGAGGCCAGUCGCCUCAACACGUGGGAGGCUAUCCAAAAAGAAAACCUCCUCUCAGCUCAGAAUAAGCGACAGAGGGAGAGUGACACUGCACGGCUUAAAUGUACAUCUGUCAAGGUAGACAAUGUGCUGAAGCAAAUGGCAGAGAUCCGUGACCAUGACAGGAGGUUGCGGCUGCUGGAGUCAGAGCUGGAAUACUGCUGUAGCGCUCUCUCCUGGAUGGCAGAAGCUCUGUUUCAGAGCAAUCUGAUAAACACUGACCGCCGCCCACCACUCCUCAGAGAUAUGAAUCCACUUUCUCCAGGCUGACUCUGAGCUCCAGGAUCUCACUGACACAUACACAUGCAGACACACACACACACACACACACACACACACACACACACACACACACACACACACACACACACACACACACACACACACACCUUAAGGUUAACCUAACCUCAGCUAAGCUCAAAUCAUGAAUUAAAAGGAUUUACAUUAUGGGGACUUCUGUGGCCCCUAAAGGAAGGGGAGUGAUAUUGUAGACAGAUUUAUGGCAUGUCUCCAGAGUGUGAGUAAUUCACAUCGACACACUCACGUCAAUCAGAGCUGUUGUGUCAAAAAGCACCUUAUUUUUUUUUAAUACUACCAAUCAUUUAAUUUCUUUUACUUUAUUGAUUUUAGAUGUAUGCUGUUUUUGGUAGAAUUUUAGUUAGGAUUAAGUAUAUAUUGAGGAAUUUCACACUUUCCUUUAUACAUUUGUGCCACCAUGCAUUGCUGUAUGCUAUAGCACCUUCCAGCUCUAACAUUCAGACUCGCUGAAGUCUGAAAUUUUCAAGUUAUUAUGAUUAACAAUACAAAUAGGAGCUUUGAAUAUCUGAGCAUUAAACUAAGCUUCAAGCCCCAGAUGUGCCUAGAGUGCCUUGUUGAUAUGUCUGUUAAGUUGAUUAAGGCAAUUAUCACCAUUUAUGAUAUAAAAUACUGUUGCAUUAUAAAAACCCUUUCUGGGGUGUUCAAUGUUCAGUUGGUGGAGACCAAAUAAAAGCUAAAAGGAGAAUUCAUGAGGUGGACCCAAACACCACUUCAAACGAAUCAUAACGUUCCAACAUAACCAUUUAAUAAGAUAAUAUUUCAGUUUUCAAGUUUUCAGCCUUCUCUGCUUCACCCAUGACUACCUUUAAGUACAGGUGUGAGCAACCCCAAAACACAUUUGAAAUCCAACCACUUAGACCACAUUCAGAGGUGUUCUUGGUCAUAUGUGACCACAUGCUUUUCGCAGCUUGUACACAUAUGUGUCCUUGUCCACACUGAAGGACCAAUGUCAACACACAUGAAAUAAUAGUCAUGAAAGAAGAGGAUGUCAAUGAAUAGGCAUACUGGUUGUCAAAAUGUUUGUUUAAGAGAUUAACACUGUCCUGGAGUGAGUAAUAUGAAUUUCACACAGUCAUCAUCCUUUUGUGCCACCACUGACAGGUGUUGCCACCAAAAAGCUCACAAUGACGCAGCAGUAGACAAUGUUAUUCAUUAGUAAGUUUGUAACAAAGCAUUUCAAGCCACAAUGGUGUGGGGGGGAAAAAGUCUGUUUGCUACUGCAUGCAUGGACCCGUCAAGGACUGUAUGCACCUCCUUGUUAGACAAUUGGACAUGACGUCAGUUUAGACACACGAUGAUGUCACAGUCACUGAGAUAAAUGUCUAGUUGGCAGCUGUCAUCAUCAGUUAUCUGUACGUUAACAUGGAAUUAAAAAGAAAAAAGAGAAAGAAACUAGUCACGAUGGUGAUGGUGGGGUUUGUAGGGUGUUUCUAUUUUUAUUUUGGGGGGUUAUCGCUAUUGUACCUGUAUUACAAUAUCUGUUCAAAGUUAAUAUUACCUGUGAUAUUUGAAUACUUCAACUUUGUACUGUAUGUUCUGCUGUAUACAGAUAUUUUAUGUAUAUUUCUAGACAAAGACUGUGUAAAGAACUCUUUUCAACAAAGUCAUAAUAAAUGGGUUUUUCUCUGCAUUGUAA